CCGGGUCUUUCCAUUUUCGGGGGUAGCUCGGAUUGCGGCGCUUAAUCUUGGUACUAGGCUGGGCAGGAAGUUGGUUGACGGUCGGCUGAGAGGCGCUCUAGGUCGAGGGGUUUUCGUCUCUAUGACCACAGGAGGCGGUCUCCGGUGUCCCAAGGAGGACGCGUGGAGGGGGCGUGCGUCAGUUCCGCGCGGGGCUGUAGGGGAACGAUGGCUGCCCCAAGAGAAAAUGUCAGUUUAUUAUUCAAGUUAUACUGCUUGGCAGUGAUGACCCUGGUGGCUGCAGCUUAUACCAUAGCUUUAAGAUACACAAGGACAUCAGACAGAGAACUCUACUUUUCAACCACAGCCGUGUGUAUCACAGAAGUUAUAAAGUUAUUGCUAAGUGUGGGAAUUUUAGCUAAGCACAUUACAGCUGUUUUGGAAUUGAACAGUAUGCUUGGAGGACGUUUUAAACAGCAAAAUCACCAAAAAGACCAAGCAUCUGGGUUUACAUUUUUGACUGCUUCUUUGUACCCAUGUUGUAAUGGGUUUACGGUCAUAGGAUGUAAAAGUCAUGUAUCUUAUGACAGAGAAACUGGUAGUCUGGGUAGAUUCAAGGCAUCUUUAAGAGACAAUGUCUUGGGGAGCCCCAAGGAACUGAUGAAGUUAAGUGUGCCAUCAUUAGUGUAUGCGGUUCAGAACAAUAUGGCUUUCCUAGCUCUUAGCAAUCUGGAUGCAGCAGUAUACCAGGUGACCUAUCAAUUGAAGAUUCCCUGCACUGCUUUAUGUACUGUUUUAAUGUUAAACCGGACACUCAGCAAAUUACAGUGGAUUUCAGUUUUUAUGCUGUGUGGUGGAGUCAUACUUGUACAGUGGAAACCAGCUCAAGCUACAAAAGUUGUGGUGGAACAGAAUCCAUUGUUAGGGUUUGGCGCUAUAGCUAUUGCUGUAUUGUGCUCAGGAUUUGCAGGAGUAUAUUUUGAAAAAGUUUUAAAGAGUUCAGACACUUCGCUUUGGGUGCGAAACAUUCAAAUGUACCUAUCAGGGAUUGUUGUGACAUUAGUUGGUGUCUACUUGUCAGAUGGAGCUGAAAUUAAAGAAAAAGGAUUUUUCUAUGGUUACACAUAUUAUGUCUGGUUUGUCAUCUUUCUUGCAAGUGUUGGAGGCCUCUACACUUCUGUUGUGGUCAAGUACACAGACAACAUCAUGAAGGGCUUUUCUGCAGCAGCAGCCAUUGUCCUUUCUACCAUCGCUUCAGUGAUGCUGUUUGGGUUGCAGAUAACACCCACCUUUGCUCUGGGUACUCUUCUUGUAUGUGUUUCUAUAUAUCUCUAUGGAUUACCCAGACAAGACACCACGUCCAUUCAGCAGGGAGAAACAGCUUCAAAAGAGAGAGUGAGUGGUGUGUGAUUUCCACCUCUAAAGACUCCUACCAAGACUAAACUGUUUGCAUUAAACUAGAGCCUUAAGUCAAUCUGAGAAGGUAGCUUAAACAAAAACAAUACUGUGUCAUAAGAAAGCUAUUUGAAUGAACUGCUACAAAGAUUUAAUGUGACCUGUUUGGGGUCAACUUGUUUUGUUUUAGAAUGAAAGAAUUUUAUUGUAUAUAUAAUGUAUAUAAAAAAGUAUAGAGAGGAUAUGAUGCUAAAAAAAUCAUGUUAGGAUACAAUAUUCAAGUAACAAGAUUUGGGACAAGGGUAAGGUUUAAGUGCCAAAGCCAUUUCUGUACGAACUGUUUUCUUGUUCAGGAACCAGGGGAGAAGGAUGACCCCUCCUUGUUCUCCAAUUCAUGUACAGUAUUUCAUCCCAGCAGCAGUAAAGACCUAGCUAGCUCUUUUCUUAAAAAAGAGAGGCAACCAAGACAGGCUAGUUCAGAAACAGACUGAAUGUUUAACUUCUCAAACUGAAUCUAUUUCGUAAUGCAGGCAAUGACUUCCGGGUGGUGACGGAGUACUCCUGUAAGUGCUGUUAUUUGUGCCAUUGUCUGGAUUCGUAUUUCUUUGCUGUUAGAUGAUCUACUUUUCUUCAAAAAAUAUUUCUAAUGUCACUUUUGUACUUUUUUUUAUAAAGUAUGUUUAAAACUAUUGGGCUGUCAAUAAUUUGUGAAAUUUCAGUGUUUUUAAAAUUUUUUCUAUAAUGUUAAUGGGAAAAUUUAGCAAUAAACUUAAUUUAUAUGCAA